AUGAACAACAUGUCUUCCCUUCAAGAAACUCUCACUGCCUCUGGAGGCGCAGAGUCCGCAGGCUUCAUCAACGACAUAAUCGCCCAGUUAUGGCCAAACAUCAACGUCGCUGGCGGCCAGAUGGUCAAGGACAUUGUCGAGCCCAUGCUGGAGCAGAUGCUACCAGGUCCUCUGGCCAACUUGAAGUUUGUCAAGGCCGACUUUGGAAAUGAGCCUCUCAAGCUUUCUCACGUCGACGUCCACAGAACCCCGCAGGAGGGUAUCAAGCUUGACAUGAACUUGGACUGGGAUGGUAAAUGUGACUUCGAGCUUGAUGCAAGCAUGGUUCCCAAGAUUGGUAUCGAGCAUGUCAAACUCCGAGGAAGACUGUCGGUCCUAUUGUGCCCUAUCACGAAUGUUAUGCCUUUGAUCGGAGCUGCUCAAGUCGCCUUCAUCAACCCUCCCUCCAUCGAACUCGACUUCACCGAUGCCGCCAACAUCGCCGACUUUUCCAUCAUCGACAAGACCGUCCGCAAGGUCAUCCUCAACAUCAUUUCCUCCAUGGCCGUCCUACCAAACCGCUUCCUCGUCAACAUGUCCUCAAACAACGACUACUUCAAGACCUUCCAGCCCCACCUCGGUGUCCUCCGCCUUACCGUCGACUCCGCUACCGAAAUCACUGGGGAGAAGAAGAGCGGAGCCAAGCGACUCUUGCAAAAGAUCGUCAAGGAUAUUCCCGACUGCUACUGCGACGUCGCCGUCGGCGCAGAGGGCGAGUGGCGUACUUCGACAAUCAAGAAUAAGCACGAUCCUAAGUGGAACGAGACUCAUGAUUUCCUUGUCACCGACUACGAGCAACAAAUUACUAUUGACAUCAACGAUGAGGACCUUGGCGGUGACGAUGACAUCGGUAUCGCUACUACUACCGUCAAGCAGCUUCUACUCAACGGAGGCACCCAAGAGCUCAGCCUCAGGCACAAGGGCCAGCCUGUCGACACCAGAGUCACUAUCCACGGCAAGUUCUUCAAUUUUGUCGGCGAAACCAACAGCAUUUCCGCCAGCAGCCAGAACGAGGGAGAGAUCUGCGGUCUCGCCACCGUCCUCAUCGCCAGCGUCAGCGGUCUCAACGGUAACCGCGACGAGCUCAAGCCCAGCGUCAAGGUCACAUGGGGCGACAAGGAAUUCGUCACGCCUGUCAAGUCAUACUCUCCUGGAACAGACAUCUUCAACCCCUCCUUCGACGCAGCAUUCCGAUUCCCCAUUACUGCUGAGCAGCUGUCGAGCCCUUCUAGCUUCCGCCUCGUGCUGCAGAACGGCAAUAGUGAGCAGGGAACAGUCGAUAUUCCGUUUAACGAUGUGUCGGGUGCUGAUGGUAUGGUUCAUGAAGGCGAGUUUGAUGUUGGGUCUGGUGUAUCUGUGAGGGCUCGUGUUGCUAUUCGCGGUCUUCAGUUAGCCGAGUGA